UUCUCUUCUCCUCCCGCCAGCUCUGAUCCUGCUCUUCUAUCUGAUCUUCUACGGCUUCCUCACGGCCCUCUUCACACUCACCAUGUGGGUGAUGUUGCAGACGGUGGACCCAAAUAUCCCCAAAUACCAGGACCGUCUGUCUAUUCCAGGCAUGAUGAUCCGCCCCAAGACGGAUGCUUUGGAUAUCACUUACAACAUGACCCACACAGAAAACUGGGAGGAUUACGUGAAGAAGCUCAACAUUUUUUUGGCGGACUACAACGACUCCCGGCAAGCGGCCAACAAUGAACUCUGCGUCCCGGGGCGUUACUUCGUGCAGCCGGACAACGGGGUCCUGAACCACCCCAAGCGGGCCUGCCAGUUCAACCGUACCAUGUUGGGCAACUGCUCGGGCCUCGUGGACUCCACCUACGGCUACCGGGAAGGCCGCCCGUGCAUCCUUGUCAAAAUGAACCGGGUCAUCAACUUCUUUGCCGGUGCCAACAAAACCAUGAACAUUACCUGUGCAGCGAAGAAAUUCAGCUUUUCCAGUAAGGUAAGGGUUUGCCACAGCUAAAAGAGGGACUGAUCA